AUGCCUUAACCUUAGAUUUAUUGCAAAACAUUUUUAUGUAUAUGUUAUAUUGUGCCAUUGAAUUAUUUAUUUAGUAUUAUCAACCACACCUACGCAUAAGCACAAUUCAAUAUAACACAUCUACAAUUAGUAUUAAUUCUAUUUUAGUUAAAAUGACAUUGUACAAACUAGUUUUUAUUUAUUUCUUAUUUAAUUUAUUUAAUGUAAGUACGGGAUCAUCUGGUUAUGAUUCCUUGGAUCCCUGGGGAGACGGACCGAGUGUUUUUAGUAAUAAAAAACAAGUAGAUUUAGCAAUUGUGCCCCCUUCAAGUGAGAAAAAAUGCAUCACAAGUAAACAAGACAGUUUUAAUAAUGCAGAGAUAAUGCCUUAUUAUAAGAGACUUUUGAAUAUGAUUUUUAGACAAUCAGCUUUUAAGAGAGAACACGAUUCAGAUAACUUUAUACGAACCCUGCACUUACGGAUAUCAAAAGAAAAGUUUCCACAAAUUUUGGGUGCUAUAGAAACAUCUGAAGAUUUACGCAAACUUGAUGGAAUAAUUACAGAAGUUUUUGCAAAUUCAGAAGAAGGACUGUCCGAAAAAAUUGCUUACAUGAUUGAUGAUUGGUAUUAUAGUUUUUGGAUGGCUUUGGAAAGACCACAUGUGAAAGUGCUUUUAGUUACGUCUGUGUUUUUGUUGCUAGUAUUGUAUUUCAAGUAUGUAAGCAAGCAUUCGACAUUUCAAAUAGUUUUUGCUUUAUUGCUGAUUAUAUCUUAUUGCUGGACGUAUUAUGAAAUGUACAUGGAAGAAGAAAUAGAACGUUUGAUGACAAUGAAAAAAUACCCAACAAUUCCCAAAGAAUGCACUGUGGAAUCAAUGUCAUAUGUUGAAAAAAUGAUUUACCAAUUUAAAAAGUCAUUUGCAUCAGAUCCUUGUAAAGAUUAUUAUGUGGUCACGAGUAAAACAACUUUUGAAGUUGUCAAUCCAGCAAUAGUCGCUGUGGAAAUGUUUACACGCUUGGUGACACAUCCUGUGACUACGGGGAGCAAAAAACUUGGGGAGAGCAUAUACACAUUAUAUAAUUCAAUACCAUGGCCCUACAACAUAAUUCUAUUCCCCAUCGCUCUAAUAUUCCUUUUCCUAUUCCUAAUCUUAUUUGCAAGUUGGGCAUUUGGAAUCGAUAUAAAUUUCAACGCUCUAUUCCACUUGUUCUCAUUAUCAAUAAGGUCCAGAAAAUCUGCUGAAUCAGCAGCCACAUCAACAAAAACUGAAGAAUCCCCCAAACCUUUGACAAGCGCUUAUAAAUUACCCCAAAUCACAGAUUUAGAUCUGAAAUAUAUCGAGCAAGUCAAACGACAAUGUGAGAAGUUCCUUCAACAGAAAGAAGAGAAAUUGAAUAUGAUCGAGUAUAAAAAUCAAGAAUUAGAAAAAAAAACAUCGCCUGUUAAAUUGAAUGGAUCUACAAAAUGUGUAGACGAGUUUUGUGACCAAGAAGAAGAUAAUAAUGAGAAUGUUAAUUUAACCAAUUGCCUUAAACCAAACAUGACAAGCUCGCCGAAGACAAUGAAUAAUGAUUUCAAAAAGCAGAAUAAAAUAAGGACCGAUAAAGUUUAUUGUGAAUUGUUAAAAAAUAUAAAUGAUCUUGAAAGCAGGUUGGAAUUUGCAAAUAGGUCGAUAAGUGAAGAAUUGGAGGAGAUACAAAAGAAAGGAUCUGAAAGCAUCACUAAAGCAUGA